AACGUUUGUUCUGUGGAGGAAGAGCCUGUCUUAAUCAUCGUAUCAGGAUGUUUGUUCUCAUCUGGGCGACUCUGCUCUUCACUGUGAAAGGCAGCAAUGCUGACCCAGGUUCCUUUCCAGGAGGAAAAAUACCCUGCCGAAAAGGGUCCUUCUGUAUCACCCUUAGUGAAGGAGAAAUAACAGCAGAGGCUGGACUCUGUGUUGUGAUACCGUGUUCUUUCACCACCAGUUACGGCUUUAAACCCCAACAUUUAGUUUGGUACAAAUGUAAACCAUCUAAACAAAGAUGUGGUGAUUCAGACAUCAUAUUCCACUCCAACAAGAACAACGACGAAAAGGUUCAGUCUGGGUUUAAAGGACGAGUUUCACUGUUGCGGCCUGACGUGAGUCAGAGGAACUGCAGCAUCAUCAUCAAUGACGUCAUUGAGUCCGACUCUGGAUCAUAUCGGUUCAGAGUUAAUGGUCUCCAGUUUGGGAGUGACACUGGAUUUAAAGCAAAUGUCUCUGUUAAAGAUCUGAUCCAGAAGCCCACAGUGAUGACUCCUCCUCUGACAGAGGGACAGCAGACCACACUGACCUGCACUGCUCCUGGUUUCUGCUCUGGAUCUGAACCUAACAUCACCUGGACGUGGAGAGGAGCAGGAGAGAAGGCCUCUCACAUCACAGGAAACAUCACAGCUCUCAAGACCGAGAACCUGACUGCUGUCACACAGAGACACAGCUCAACUUUGAUGUUUAACCUUUCAGCUGAGCACCACGGCACUGAGGUCACCUGUAAGGUCAUCUUCACCAACAACAUCACUACAGAGGAGACAGUGACUCUGAAUGUGACCUAUGUGAAGCAAGUUAAAAUCACUGGAAAUACAAGUGUGGAGGAGGGUGAGACUCUGAAUCUGACCUGCAGCGUUGACAGUUUCCCUCCAUCCCUCAUCACCUGGACUAAACUCGGCUUGAACAGAAACCUGAACAAUGACACUGGACCAGCCACACUUGUCAUCCCUAAUGUGACAGCAGAACAUUCUGGACCGUACAUCUGCACAGCAAAACAUCUGGAGAACAUCCGGAUGGAAGAAGUAAACAUAACAGUAAAAUUUUUUCCAAGGAUCCUAAGUAGCUCUGCAUGUGAGGUUCAGUCAGAGGUCCUGACCUGUGUGUGCAUCAGUGAGGGAUUUCCUUUACCCACCAUCAAAUGGCCGCUGUUGAAGAACCACGCUGAGUACGCUGUCAUCACCAGUACCACUGUGUCAAACCACACAAUCAACGUAACUGUAUCUGUAAAAGAUCGUAACUACACCACAGUGGAGUGUGUCAGCAGUAAUGACAUUGGGGAAGCAAAAGAAACACUCUCGAUCACAAGAAAAGAGAUAAAACAAGAGGAUCUACUGAAGAACUUUUUGUUGACUUUUAAACUGCCACAAGUCAUCAUUGCAUUUUUCAUUGGGAUCCUUCUUUCAGCAACCAUCUUCUGUUUGGCCAGAAAAUGCCGCAGAAAUAAACAGAAGAGCUCUGGAAAUGUGGCUGAGACUCUGGAGAUGGGGACUAUUCAAGCGGUUCCACUGAUCGAUGCUGGUCAAUCAGUGGGAAAUGAUGGCACCCAUGAAGGAGGAGCUGAGGCUGCUGGACAAUCAGUCCCCGACGGUGACGUGGAACCAAGAGAGGUAGAAUACUCCGACAUUGACUUCUCCUUGUUGAAAAGGAAGAGUCCCACGGGGGCAGAGGAUACGCUAGAGACCCCGGAGACAGAGUAUGCUGAAAUACAGAAGAAAGAAACAAAGGAGCGACAAGACAACGGUGAAGAGGACGGUGAAAUGUUAGAGGGCAAUGAGGAGGAGGAGGAGGAGGAGAAGGUGAUGAUAGAGGAAGAUAAGGAAUCAAAACAGUGUAUGUCUGCAGAGGAGGAGGGAGGUGAGGAUGUGGCAGUGUACUCCAAUGUGAAAGAAAUAAUGGGGGAUGUUUGAGGACUGUAGCUUGGCGGAGUCACUUAAGGAUCCAUUUUUUUUAUUGGUGAAGGAAGACAAAACACAACAGGUGAUUCAACGUAAGCAUACGUGGCAUAACAUACAUACAGUAAGAGGAGCAUUACAUUAAACAGAGGAAGGGGGAUGAGAUGGGAUGAGCCUCGGUUGUCUGUUUUGCUCAUACACUGCAGCUGGUGAUAAAUGAUGGAUUCAACCUGUUUGUGCAUCGGCUUAUCGUUGCAGCUGGGCGGCUUGUUAGCCACUAAAACCACAGCACCGCUGCAUAAAACAUACUAAUCUUGUCGGUUAAUGGUUAAUGAUCAGUUAACGAGGGUAGCUUCAGAUGGUCGAUCCCACAUCAAGCGACGCUGAACAGUAUAUAUUAGACAAUACGCUAUUAUUAUUAUUUAAGAAAUGCUAAAAUUGCAUGUAAAUAAUGUGUCAUUACUGUGAUUGAAUUAGGGCUUAUUAUAUAAUACAGAAUUUAUUUGUUCAAAUGUUAGUGUGUCCUUGUUUUAUCUCUAAUUUGUUCCAAACAAGUUUCUGCUAUGUUUAUGAAAAAGUUGACUGUGUCAUUAUGGUACUGGUGCACACAGAGGGGGCAUGGCAGCUACUUUUGUGCACUUGUGUUUUUAAACCUUUAUUUAAAGCCACUAUACGUGUAGCUGUGGCUCAGGAGGUCGUCCAGUAAUUGCAGGGUUGGCGGUUCAACACCCAACAAGACACUGACCCUAAUUAGUUCCCUGUCAUUUGUUGUAUAUAAAUGCAGCCUAUUUAUAUGAAAUUUUCCAACUUCUCGUACCUCUUAGUGGUGGUAUGGCUUUACCCCAAGGGCUCUGCUGGGUCUCUGUCCCUAUGUUUCCCCCGGCUCUGUUCUUUUGGCUACUGAUCAGCUUUGCGCACAAAUAAAUGCUAAUUCCUGUAACGGAA